CGCACCCAACCGCAGCCGAUCGUAGCGCAGGUGGCGACCGCAGGGGGGUAUGUGGUCAGAUGGCGGGCCGCCGGUUGAAAUGUGUGGACGGACAUUAGGGCGCAGAUCGCAGGGCGCAGAUCGCAGGGCGCAGUGGCAGAUUUCGAUGAUGACUCAUCGCCCAACUUCAACUAGUGUUGGAGGGUGGGUGAUGUAGAUUGCUGACCGCAGGCUAUAGUUUGGUUUGAGUGUGAGAGUUUAUGAUUAAUGUUGAAUGUUGUGUGACCACCACACUGGAGUGUGAUGAAAUAAUUGUGGUCAGUGUAGUUCUAUUUUUUCCCAGGAAGAACAAGAGUAAAAAAUUAUAUUUGUUUUCGUAUAAAAAGGGCAAACGGUUUCAUAUUGUAAUCAUUAUAUUAAAAAUCAUUUAUUUAAUCAAAUUCAAAAUUAUUGUUAUAAAAAUGAGAGAAUUUGUAUGUAAUAUUUGUGAGAAAACUUACGAACAUAAUCAAUCUUUGAAUCGUCAUUUGCGUUUACAACAUUCAAUUGAGUGUGUGAAAUGUAAUCAGAAUUUUAGUACUUAUCCAGAGCUUUUAAAGCAUAUGAAGUCAAUGGACCACAAUGAAAAAAAAGAGGAAAAAACGGUAUACUGUGAAAAUUGCAAUUUAGCUAUUCCAAAAAAUCAGUGGAAGAAUCAUAUCAGCACUAACACACACAUCGAUAAGUGUGUAAAAUGGUUAGAUAAGGAUGUGUCUUGCUUUGGAUCUAGCUUUCAAAAUCGAAUAGAAAGUUAUAAAAUAAAAAAUAGUGAGAUCAAUAACUUGAUACCCGAAAACUUUUUCAAAUCAAUUCAAGAAAAAGUAAUCAAUAUAAUUCAAAAGGCGUUGCAAAAGCAUGAAUCUAUUAAAUAUAAUUGUACACUACAUUGUAAUUAUAUUUUGAUGAAAGAGAAAGCGGAAGAUGAAAUUAGUUUAUUUACACAUCACACAAAAAUGUUGGUACUAUCUCCCUCAAGUACACUGGAAGAAAUUUUAAAUCAUUAUAUUGAAAAUUGUAAUGAAAUAAUUAAAAAAAUGAGUGAAUUCCAAGAACGAGAUAGUGGAUGGACUUUAAUCGAAAUAAAACAUCUAGAGAUCAACAUCAACAAAUAUACAUGUUUGAGAGGAUCUCAAUACAUAAAUCUUCCUCCCAAAAUAAGGAAUAAAAAGGCUUGCAUCAAUGUGCAAAACAAUGAUGUCUAUUGUUUUAAAUGGGCAAUAAUAUCAGCAUUAAAUCCACUUCCAAAGGAAAAGAAACCACAUAAAUGUAGCAACUACAAAGUAACGGACAUUAAGGCACACAUUAUAACAUUGGAAAAUAAUAUAAUAUUAAAUUUUGAAAACAUGGAAUUUCCCCUUACCAUAAAUAAAAUCAGAGUCUUUGAGUUGCAGAAUCCUGAUAUAAAAGCUGAGAAAUCAACUCACAUCAAUCUUCUCCUAAUAGAAGAGGAUGAUAAAUUUCAUUACAUCUGGAUAAAAAAUAUAUCAAGAUUGUUGCGAAGUUCUAUAACAAAGAAUAAAAAUAGGAUUCAUUUUUGUAACACCUGCUUAACUCAUGUUUCUUCAAGUAGUAGACUAGAGAAACACAAACGUGAGUGUAAAAAGAUGGUGACAACAAUGCCAUCAGAUAAAGAUAAAAUACUUAAAUUUAAGAAUUUUAAACAUAAAUUAGAUAUUCCAUUCUCAAUUUAUGCUGAUUUUGAGUGCAUUCUUCAACCGUUAGAGAUACAAAAUUCAAGUAAAGUAAAAUCAGUUCAAAAACAUAUUCCAUUUGCAUACAGUUAUUAUAUCAAAUGUUCAUUUGAUUCAAAUUUAGACAAGAUUAAAAUUUAUUCAGGUGAAGACUGUACAAAACAUUUUUUUAACUCAUUAGUGGGAGAGAUUGUAUGGAUUUAUAACAAUUAUUUAUCUAAAGUAAAACCAAUGAAUUCCUUAACAUCAAUUCAACUACAAUACCAAAAGGAACAUCCGAUUUGUCAUAUUUGUGAAAAGUCUUUUUUAAAUACUGAUGUUAGAGUAGCUGAUCAUUGUCAUUUGACAGGUGAAUACAGAGGACCUGCUCAUAAAAAUUGUAAUUUAGAGUAUCAAAUAGCAAAUUUUGUUCCAGUAUUUUUUCAUAAUCUUUCAGCAUAUGAUUCUCAUUUGUUUGUUAGAGAACUCUCCUCUGUAGUUGGUGAUAUAAAUAUUCUUCCAUUAAAUAAGGAACUUUAUAUUUCUAUAUCGAAAAGAAUUUAUAUAGAUUCAAAUAAGAGUAUUGAAAUACGUUUUCUAGAUUCUUGUAAAUUUAUGGCAUCUAGCUUAGAAAAGCUAGCGGGUUAUUUAUCUGAUGAAGAUUUCAAUGCUGUUAAAUCAACUUUUGUUAACGAUAGUGAAUUUAAUUUAAUGAAGCGUAAAGGUGUAUUUCCUUAUGACUAUUUAGAUUCUCCUGAACGAUUAGAAGAAAACGCUUUACCACCUAUUUCCAAUUUUUUUAAUAAGCUAACUAAUGAGGUUUGUAGUGAGGAUGACUAUACACACGCUAAAAAUGUAUGGAAUACAUUUAAAUGUAACAAUUUAAAAGAUUACUUAUUACUUUAUUUGAAAGUUGAUGUUUUGUUAUUAUGCGAUGUGUUUGAAAAUUUUAGAAAAGUAUGUAAAAAAAUUUAUAAUUUAGAUCCAUGUCAAUAUUAUACAGCACCUGAUAGGGAUAAUCUAUUAGAAGAUACAUUUCAACCAAUAACCAAACCUUUGAAGGAUAUUAUAGGAAAACUAGAUGAGAACAAAAAAGAAAACGAUGGAAAACUUGAUAAAAACAAUAAGGAUGAUGAUGAUGAUGAUGAUAGCUUUAUAUCAGACAUUUAUAAUGAUGAUGAUGACUAUAUGUCUAGCAAUGGACUUCAAAUGAGAGAUAUUACCUCAAUUGUAUUUGAUUCCACAACUGAUUCAGCGUUAUCCAUUACAUCUGAUCCUACAAUCGACUUAAAUUCAAAAACCGUUGAAUUUAAUUUAACACUACCAAACAAAGAUAUUCUUAAAGUAAAUAUUUCAUUUGUUAUGAUGAAAGAAAGUGAAAUAUUAGAAAACAGAGAUGAUUUUUAUAUAAAAAAUGAAACAGAUGAUGCAGACUUAUCAACUAGCACCACUACAAUAAUUCCUAUAGAAAGUGAAGAAAAAUAUUUUACUGUCGAUGAAGCUAUAGAAGCAUUUCGCAAAAGGUUAAUUACAAAAGAAGCAGAUAUUGGUGGUAUACUGGAUGCUGCAGAACCUUUUUAUCGUCAUUUUAAUUUACAAUAUGAAGAUUUAAAUAUACCAAUCCGUUGUACUUAUGAUAGUAACUACAUGUUACGUCAACUAAAAAUAAGUUGUUUUGAAUAUCGUGAAAUUGAACAAGAACGAAUUUUAAGUAAUGGUGAAAUUGAGAAAGUUCGAGUUCAAGAUCUCAAAAAACAUUUAGAAAAUAUUGUAAUAACUGAUAUUGAGAACUAUACUCAAACAUAUAAAAUGGAAAUAAGUUAG